AGUCAUGUGCAUAGUUUAGCAAGGCCGGAUGCCUCUGGAGCUUUUUCCCUUUAUAGCACCAUUGAAUCCCAGUCCUAAAAGAAGUACUGCGAAUCUUGUGGCCUCAUUCUGAACAAAAGGGAUUACAGAAGAAAAAUCUCUUGAUAAUAAGGCUUAAAAGCAAGGGCAGGCAAUCUUGGUUGUGAAUAUUUUCUGAUUUUUCCAGAAAUCAAGCAGAAGAUUGAGCUGCUGAUGUCAGUUAACUCUGAGAAGUCGUCCUCUUCAGAAAGGUACAGCUACAUCUCUUGCAUGAACAAUUAAUGGUGUAGCAUUGCUAAGAGACAAACCAGGGCAUUUUUUUUUUUUUUUCUUUCUUUCUUGUCAAGUUUGCUAUAACAUAUUGUACUGCAUGCUGGUCAUUGUGCUGUAUUGAAGAUGUGUAUUUGGGCAAGCUGUUCUGCUUUUGCAAAGGAUAAUUGAUUUAAAAAAAAAAAAUAGUGGAACCUAAUCAGCUGCAGCAUGCACACCAUAACACAGCAGACCGCUGGUUCAUGUGUGACAGCUGUUGAGGGCUUUAAAAAAUUAUUUCGUCAAAAAACCAAACAGAUUAAAAAAAAUCUUGCUUUUUUUUUUUUAAGGAAAUGCUGCCAUUCGAUUUUCUUCCUGUAUUUUGAGGUUGCUGUUACACAAAAAUUACCAAGGUUAUUGUGAGAUUUAGUUGAAAAAUAUUUGAUAAUUGGUUGUAAUAUUAUGUGGAAAGGGAGUGCCAUUUGUAAAUAGCUUAGGAAUUGCAAACCCACAGAUUAGUCACAUUCUGAAAGAGAGAUGUGAUGCUUCUUCAAGUCUGUGCUAGGAAAUGGAACAGUCACUGCAUGCAGUAAUGGUUCGUGCCUGCAGGCCAGAGCCUCAACAGAAAGCUCCCUUAGUUCCUCCACCACCACCACCGCCACCACCGCCACCUCUGCCAGACCCCACACCCCCAGAGCCAGAGGAGGAGAUUCUGGGAUCAGACGAUGAAGAGCAAGAAGACCCUGCAGACUACUGCAAAGGUGGCUAUCAUCCAGUGAAAAUUGGAGACCUCUUCAAUGGCCGAUACCAUGUUAUUAGGAAGCUAGGAUGGGGACAUUUCUCUACUGUCUGGCUAUGCUGGGAUAUGCAGGGGAAGAGAUUUGUUGCAAUGAAAGUUGUAAAAAGUGCCCAGCAUUAUACAGAGACAGCCUUGGAUGAAAUAAAACUGCUCAAAUGUGUUAGAGAAAGUGAUCCAAGUGACCCAAAUAAAGACAUGGUGGUACAGCUAAUUGAUGACUUCAAGAUUUCAGGCAUGAAUGGAAUACAUGUCUGCAUGGUUUUUGAAGUGCUUGGGCAUCAUCUCCUCAAGUGGAUCAUCAAGUCCAACUACCAAGGUCUCCCAGUGCGUUGUGUGAAGAGUAUCAUUCGUCAGGUUCUUCAGGGUUUAGAUUAUUUACACAGUAAAUGCAAGAUCAUUCACACUGACAUAAAGCCGGAAAACAUCUUGAUGUGUGUGGACGAUGCAUAUGUGAGAAGGAUGGCCGCCGAGGCCACUGAGUGGCAAAAAGCAGGUGCUCCUCCUCCUUCUGGGUCUGCAGUGAGUACGGCUCCACAACACAAACCUAUAGGAAAAAUAUCUAAAAACAAAAAGAAAAAACUGAAAAAGAAGCAGAAGAGACAGGCUGAGUUACUGGAAAAACGUCUACAGGAAAUAGAAGAAUUGGAACGAGAAGCUGAAAGGAAAAUAAUAGAAGAAAACAUCACCUCAGCUAUACCUUCCAAUGAGCAGGAUGAUGAUUACCACUCGGAGGUGAAGCUAAAAACAGCCGGGUUAGAGGAGGCAGCCGAGGGAGAGACUGAGAAUGACAAUGGUGAAGCCGAGGACCAGGAAGAGAAAGAAGAUGCCGAGAAAGAAAACAUUGAGAAAGAUGAAGAGGAUGUUGACCAGGAACUGGCGAACAUAGACCCUACAUGGAUAGAAUCACCCAAAACCAAUGGCCAUAUUGAGAACGGCCCAUUCUUACUGGAACAACCCCUGGAUGAUGAAGAGGAUGAGGAAGAAGAGUGCCCAAACCCCGAGGAAUACAACCUUGACGAGCCAAAUGCAGAAAGUGAUUACACGUAUAGCAGCUCCUAUGAACAAUUCAAUGGUGAAUUGCCAAAUGGACGACAUAAAAUGCCUGAGUCACAGCUUCCAGAGUUUUCCACGUCGUUGUUCUCUGGGCCCUUAGAACCUGUGGCCUGUGGCUCUGCACUUUCCGAGGGAUCCCCACUUACCGAGCAAGAGGAAAGCAGCCCAUCCCAUGACAGAAGCAGGACAGUUUCCGCCUCCAGUACCGGGGAUUUGCCAAAAACAAAAACUCGAGCAGCCGACUUGUUGGUGAAUCCCCUGGAUCCACGGAAUGCAGAUAAAAUUAGAGUUAAAAUUGCCGACCUGGGAAAUGCUUGUUGGGUGCAUAAACACUUCACAGAAGACAUCCAGACCCGUCAGUAUAGAUCCAUAGAGGUUUUAAUAGGAUCAGGUUACAGUACACCUGCUGACAUUUGGAGUACAGCUUGUAUGGCAUUUGAGCUGGCAACGGGAGAUUAUUUGUUUGAACCGCAUUCUGGGGAAGACUAUUCCAGAGAUGAAGACCACAUAGCCCACAUCAUAGAGCUGCUAGGCAGUAUCCCAAGGCACUUUGCUCUAUCUGGAAAAUAUUCCCGGGAAUUCUUCAAUCGCAGAGAUCACAUAGCAUUGAUCAUUGAACUGCUGGGGAAAAUCCCUCGAAAAUACGCUAUGUUGGGAAAAUAUUCCAAGGAGUUUUUCACCAGAAAAGGAGAACUGCGGCACAUCACCAAGCUGAAGCCCUGGAGCCUCUUUGAUGUACUUGUGGAAAAGUAUGGUUGGCCCCAUGAAGAUGCUGCACAGUUUACAGAUUUCCUGAUCCCGAUGUUAGAAAUGGUUCCAGAAAAACGAGCUUCAGCUGGCGAAUGCCUUCGGCAUCCUUGGUUGAAUUCUUAGCAGUCUACAAAUACAGCAUUCUGAGCUAGCAAAUGUUAUCCAGUACAUUGGACCUAAACGGUGACUCUCAUUCUUUAACAGGAUUACAAGUGAGCUGGCUUCAUCCUCAGACCUUUAUUUUGCUUUGAGGUACUGUUGUUUGACAUUUUGCUUUUUGUGCACUGUGAUCCUGGGGAAGGUUAGUCUUUUGUCUUCAGCUAAGUAGUUAACUGACCCACUUUCAUCUGGAAACAAUAACAUGACUCUAAGCAUUGUUUCUUGUGUGACAUCCAAAUGUCUUUUUUUUUUUUUUUGAAUGAAAAAUACUUUCCCCCUUGUGUUUGGGCAGGUUUUGUAACUAUUUAUGAAGAAAUAUUUUAGCCGAGUACUAUAUAAUUUACAAUCGUAAGAGAUUAUCAAGUUGGAAGUAAGAAAUAGCAAGGAAAUGUACUAUUUUAUUUUCUGGCAAAGGGACAUCAUUCCUGUAUUAUAGCAUAUGUAAAUGCACCCUGUAAAUGUUAAUUUCCAUUAAAUAUGGGAUGGGGACUCAAAUUUCAGAAAAGCUACUAAGUCUUGAGUGCUUUGUAGCCUAAGUUGCAUGUAGCAGUCUUUAACUGCUCCAAGGAGCGGUGCAAACUUUUCAUUCCAUGACAGACCUUUUACAUUGGAUUUUAAACAGUGUGUCUCUGGUUUACAAGAUUUCAUUCCUUGUCUGGCACUUUAAAGGAAGAAAAGACAUGCUUCUCAUUCUAAAAUAUGCAUUAUAGGUUAGCACUACCAUUCGUAUUUUGCGUAUUUUUCAAAGUACUUUUUAAAAAAAAAGAGCGAUUUCCCUUUAAAAAUGUGAUAACCCAGUACCAUGUGGUGUUGCCUCCACCAAGCACUGUAAGUUAAACUAUAUACAUAGAUUAAAUUGGACAGUAGAAACAUUUUCAGUGUGUGGAAUGAAAAUAACUUUUUUUUUUUUUUAAAAGCAUGAGUGUCUAAAACACAAGUGUGGUAGAUAAAAUUUGCAGUGCAGUGGGCGGGCAGAGUGACUCCUAACAUCUCAGAGGUAACAGUGAUCAUGUUCAUUCCAUAGGUAGGUAGUUUUAUGUAUUGCUACAAAUUUUAAUAGCUUUUUCAUUGUCUUUCCAUGAACUGAAGUAGAGAAAAUGAUUUUUCCCUUUGCAGGUUGCAGUUUUGCUUAUGCAUUUCCUUAAAAUUAAUUGUAGAAUUCAGGACACAAACCAUAGUAGUCAGUACAUUUUUUAGAAUGUAAUAUGCAGAGGUGUAUUCAACCUCUUUUAGAAGUCAAUGGGAUGAAUGUAAGUUUUUUUUAAAUUUUACAUUCAUUGAGGUGCCUCGUUUUUCUUGACUUUUGUCCAUUAAAAUUUAUCCAUAUGCCUUUGCAAUAACUAGAUUGUGAAAAGAUACCAAGUGUUGUAACAAUAAUCCAUUGUUUGAGGUGCUUGCAGUUGUCUUAAAAAUUAAAGUGUUUUUCCCUCCCCCCCAGACACUGUCUUGGUCAUUGGCCUAUAUUUAAAGUGAUAGAAUCAACAAACAUUUGCUAUCAUUUUAGUGUAGUGUAACCAAAAUCUAAAGGCAAUAACAUUCUUGUUGCUGGAAAUGUAUAACAUGCAUUAAGGCUUAUUAUAAGGAAGUCAUUUAUUGUUUUGUAAGGACAGAAUAUGCAUUUAGAAAAGAUGCUGCAGUAUCUAGAAUUCAUUACGUAGAAUUUCAGUAAUCCUUUUUCAUCUGUGUUUCAUCAAAAACAUAUUAAUUGCAUUCUGUUUGAGCAUGUUUGUGCAGUUUUUUUUUUUUUUAA